AAGCGGCGGAGCCGGGUGACCGAGCAAGACAAGGCCGUGUUGGUGAGGGCAGCGGCUGUUGGUAGCCGGUGUCGUGCAGGUCAUAGAGAGAUGGGUGGAUUGGGCCUGGGAGGAUUUUACGGCGGAUGGCUUCCAAGCAAUUGAAACAGCAGCGGGACAAAUUAAAGCAAUAUCAGAAAAGGAUAUCUCUGCAGCUGGAGCGAGAGAGAACAGUUGCUCUGCAACUACUGAGAGAUGGCAAGAAAGAAAAAGCCAAAUUGCUACUGAAGAAAAAGCGGUAUCAGGAACAGCUGCUGGAUAAAACAGACAACCAAAUUAGCAACUUGGAGCGCAUGGUCCAGGAUAUUGAGUUCACCCAAAUCGAGAUGAAAGUGAUUGAGGGCCUCAAAAUUGGCAAUGAGUGCUUAAAUAAGAUGCAUCAGGUUAUGUCAAUAGAAGAAGUGGAAAGGAUCAUGGAUGAAACCCAAGAAGCUGUAGAGUACCAGAGGCAAAUAGAUGAGAUGCUGGCUGGCAGUUUCACUGAAGAGGAUGAAGAUGCCAUUUUAGCAGAAUUAGAUGCCAUCACUCAGGAGCAGAUUGAUCUUCCAGAAGUUCCUUCAGAGCCCCUCCCAGAAAAGAUUCCAGAAACAUCGCCCAUCAGAGUCAAGCCAAAGCCGGAACUGGUGGCAGCUUCUUAACUCCACUUCUUGGGAGAUCCCUGCAGGGAAUCCUGGAAUCCCAGUAUGCCUGGGGAGUGAGAGAGGCCUCCGUGGUAUCCCGCUGGCACUAGACAGCCAUUCCAGGGCAGGUUUCUUGCACAGAAUGGAAGCUGCAGCUGGGUAUUGUUCCUAAAUCAAGAUGGUUUUUUUUGUAGUGUGAUCUCUUCUCCUUUUUUGUAACUUAAACACUGGAUUAAACAGUGACGCUCAAACCCCUGAAGCCAAAUGCUUUCUGCAGAGCAGAGUUCGGCUGCAGACCUGCCUCGGAUGCCAGUGCAACCUCUUGCUAACUGCCUACGCCCUCCUGGUGCUCUUUUGAGCUGGUGGGCGCUGUGAACAGUUACAAGGUUUUCUGCUACACUACAGGAAGAACUGCUGGGGAUGCUCUCUCGCCUUUUCUCUUGACUCGUUUACAGUUCUCUGACUUUUUUUUUCUUGAGCGGAUCCUCUUAGCAGGAAUGGAUUUUCUGCACCUGUUAAAACUGGCUUGCUUGACAUUAAGAUGGGAGUAUCAUUUCUGUUGAUAGUGGUUUCUUCUUGUGCUGACCCAGUAGUGGAGAUACAAGAAGAUCCUCCUACACUGGAAGUGUGCUUGGGAGAUGUACAGUUGUGGUCCUAUGCAGCAGGAAGCAGAGCCAGGCUGCUAGGCUGCAUCUGUAAAAUACAGAAGGGCCAUUUCCUACUAAGGUGAUCUAAAGCACUUGCUAAGAAUUCAUAUCUGAACUUCCCUCACAGAAGUUGGAUAGCUGCAAGGCAGCCUGGCUGUUGUCCUCCCUGGCCUGCUGCAUCUCUUCAUUAGGUGGAAACGUAUGUGAACCUUCUGAGGUGCUGGGAACUGUUCCUCUGCUUACAAAAUGGAACAUGAUGAGUCAGUGCUACUGAUGUGGGGCUAAACAUCAUUCCCCCCCCUCUUACUAAUAUAAAAGCUGUUUUUUCCCCUCCUGAAUAUUAGAAAGGGCUGGAUCCCAGUGGUGUCGCUAGCUCCACUGCUUGGUUGGUGAAAACGUGACUCCAAACUAUGACUUCAGGCUCCCUUCAUCUGUGGCCUGAGCUACCCUUGUGGUUAGUAACCUGUAUCCCAAAUUCUCCGUCCUUAAGAGCCAGCUGGCAUACACUGCUGCUUGUAUCCAUGUUACCUGUUGAGAUUGUGUGGCUUGUGUCUCUGGAUGUUCAGUUGAAGAGGCCGAAGCUGAGCAAGUGGCAAUGUAUAGGUUAAGAAAACUAGAGACACCCACCAUCUGACCUUAUUGCUUUCUGGAGCCCACGGCUUGUAGCUGCAAACAGUUUCUUCUUCUUGAAGUCCUCCUGCCCAUCCUGGCUGGCACAGAAUUGUAUUGUCAUGUUCACUCAAAUGAAGAGAAGUAACAUAGUUGGGCAUUUGGGAAUAUCACGUUUUGGCAGAGGUUUUUCGCUCUUCUGAUCUGUUGUUCGAAGGCAUCCUGGCUCCUCUGUUACCAGCCAUUGCCUCUCGGGCUGUUCUCCUUAAUGCUACAUCUUCCCCAAAUGCUGUGAAGCAUUAAUGUCUAGGUGGCUGCAAAGUGCUUUAGACCUCCCUUGAGUGGACAAGUUUACACUUUGCAUAGCCUCCCUGCCUUUAUAAUGGUGUAGCGUUCACAUUGCAGAAUUUGUCUUUGCAACAUUCAGCCACGCUUAACACCCGCGAGCUCACCAAGGAAAGUCACGUUGUGGUUUUUCAAAGAGCAGGUUAACCCAUUACUAGUUCCAGCUUCCCACUGCUAUAUUCACUGUGCCCACCAGAUGGCAGUCAUGUCCUUGCCUGUUUCAUUCUUGUGGAUGUUUGUUCCUUCCCUCCCCCACCCUUUGCUUGCCCUCUUGCUCUGGGUUGGUUUUAUUGAUUUUUUUUUAGACAAAUGGAAUAGUGAAUGGGAAGGAACAUCAGGCUUUCCCCGUAGGCAUUAUAUUAACAUUCAGCUCCCUUAUGGGAACCCUUAGCAACCUCCGUUGGGUCUAGUUAACCACUGAACCCUGUUGCCCGAGGGAGCGGAGGAAAGUGUUUUUUUCUCCUUCACUUCCAGUAAGUACAAGCAAGGAAAAUCUCUCCUGGAGAUCAGUGUUUGCUGGUUCUGUGGGAGAUAGCGCUUCUGAUGUGCAAAAGUGCCCUUCGAAAGCAGCUCCUGGAGCCACCAGAAUUACUGACUUCCUCUGAUUUCCUGGCGGAGGCCUUUUUUGGCUGAAACCAGGUGGAAUUUGAGUUGCUGUCCUGCUUCCACAAAAGCUCCACACUCCACUUUGCCCCAUGUGAACAGAAUGUUUCUCUCUCUUGGACUGAACUGCAAGGGCCAGAGGCAAAAGCAGGUGCGGUACAGGCAGUAAAAAUAAAGUGUUUAUAACACAA